AGAGCCUAAGAGGAGCCUACAGGCACCUUUACAAUUCGGCAGUUUUGAGUCGUAGAUUAGAUUCAUAUUUAAACUCGGUUAGAGAGGCACCUUUUGAUGUGAAGAUCUUUUGCCUCUCGCUCACUGUUGCAAUGGGAAGCUCGUCGAAGGAAGUGACGGCGAGUGACGGAGAUACGGCGAGCGGUGGCGCCUCACCGUCCAACGACGGCAGACUCUUCACGGAAGGCGAGCGUGUUCUCGCCUACCAUGGUCCUCGCGUCUACGGAGCUAAGGUUCAAAAAGUCGAGCUCCGCAAAAAGGAGUGGAAGUACUUCGUUCAUUAUCUUGGUUGGAACAAAAAUUGGGAUGAAUGGGUUAGUGCGGAUAGAUUGUUGAAACAUACUGAGGAGAAUCUUGUAAAGCAGAAAGCUCUAGACAAAAAGCAAGGAGUAGAAAAGGGUACCAAGUCUGGGCGUUCAGCUCAGACAAAAACUAGAAGCUCUGCGGACACAAAGGCUGAAAAAGAUGAUACAAAGACCAAUGCUGCAAGAGGAAAGAAGCGAAAGAACGAGUCAGGCAAUGAGAAGGAAAAUGUAUCGUCAGAGAAGCUAAUGAAGAUCCAAAUUCCCGCAACACUUAAAAAGCAGCUCACUGACGACUGGGAGAAUAUUGCGCAGAAGGACAAGGUUGUGAAACUUCCGCGCUCACCUAAUGUCGAUGAGAUAUUGUCAAAGUAUCUUGAAUUCAAAACCAAGAAGGAUGGAAUGAUAACUGAUUCAGUGGCUGAAAUUUUGAAAGGCAUAAGGAGUUAUUUCGACAAGGCAUUACCAGUGUUGCUCUUGUAUAAAAAAGAGCGGCGACAGUACCAAGAAGUAAUUGUGGAUGAUAUUUCACCUUCAACUGUUUACGGCGCUGAGCAUUUGCUUCGUCUUUUUGUGAAGUUGCCGGAUCUUCUUUCAUAUGUAAACAUGGAAGAAGAAACAUGGAGUCGCAUGCAGCAAACAUUAUCAGACUUCCUCAAGUUCAUUCAGAAGAAUCAGAGUACUUUCUUGCUAUCAUCCGCAUAUGAUACUGAUAAGGUUUCAGAUGGGAAAGGCAAAGGCAAAGAGGACUGACAGCUCCAUAGAAUUUGUUGGUAUAAUCGCCAUGGAGUUGUUGUUGUUGUAAUUGUAGAAUCCCUUUUCAUUUUUUCUGAUAAAUUCAUAAUUGUAAGUUCACAAUGAUAAAUUCAUCAUUGCUCGGAGAUUUGUAGCUGAAUAUGAACAUUUUAUAGGCCUUUCAACUUUCAAGUUUAA